AUGGUUGUCAUAUUAAAUAAAUUAUUUGUCAGACGACGUGCCGUGAGCCAGCUACCUGAAGCAUUAUCCGACCAUCUCCUGGAUAUUUAUUUGCCAGGUGGAAAAAAUAAAAAGGAAGACAAUAAACUUUCAAAACCUUCAAGAGAAAAUAAACGAGAAAAAAAGUACACUAGUAACAGAAAGUACAGAAGUAACAGAAAGUACAACAGUAACAGAAAGUACAACAGUAACAGAAAGUACACUAGUAACAGAAAGUACAACAGUAACAGAAAGUACACUAGUAACAGAAAGUACAGAAGUAACAGAAAGUACAACAGUAACAGAAAGUACACUAGUAACAGAAAGUACAACAGUAACAGAAAGUACACUAGUAACAGAAAGUACAACAGUAACAGAAAGUACAGAAGUAACAGAAAGUACAACAGUAACAGAAAGUACACUAGUAACAGAAAGUACAGAAGUAACAGAAAGUACAGAAGUAACAGAAAGUACAACAGUAACAGAAAGUACACUAGUAACAGAAAGUACAACAGUAACAGAAAGUACAGAAGUAACAGAAAGUACAACAGUAACAGAAAGUACACCAGUAACAAAAUGUACACCAGUAACAGAAAGUACAAUAGUAACAGAAAGUACAGAAGUAACAGAAAGUACAACAGUAACAGAAAGUACACCAGUAACAAAAUGUACACCAGUAACAGAAAGUACAGAAGUAACAGAAAGUACAACAGUAACAUAAGGUACACCAGUAACAGAAAGUACAGAAGUAACAGAAAGUACACCAGUAACAGAAAGUACACCAGUAACAGAAAGUACACUAGUAACAGAAAGUACAACAGUAACAGAAAGUACAGAAGUAACAGAAAGUACACUAGUAACAGAAAGUACAGAAGUAACAGAAAGUACACCAGUAACAGAAAGUACAGAAGUAACAGAAAGUACAGAAGUAACAGAAAGUACACCAGUAACAGAAAGUACACAGGUAACAGAAAGUACAGAAGUAACAGAAAGUACACCAGUAACAGAAAGUACACCAGUAACAGAACGUACACCAGUAACAGAAAGUACAACAGUAACAGAAUGUACACCAGUAACAGAAAGUACACCAGUAACAGAAAGUACAACAGUAAUAGAAAGUUCGACAGUAACGAAAGUUUGGCAGUAACAGAAUGUACAUCAGUAACAGUAGGUACACCAGUAACAGAAAGUACAGAAGUAACAGAAAGUACACCAGUAACAGAAAGUACAGAAAUAGCAGAAAGUACACCAGUAACAGAAAGUACAGAAGUAACAGAGAAGUACAGAAGUAACAGAGAAGUACAGAAGUAA